AUGAAAAAGAUAUUUCCAAUUCCAGAAUCAACCCCAAACAUUAGUCCCAAACGCAACCCCCGACCUGUCUCAUUAAUAUGUGAUGGACAACAGUUACCAGCAAUCACCGAAACAACAGAGCUUGCAUCACUCACAACUACUUCGCCAAAAACUGGAGGCUACUGCGAGCUGAACCUUAUGAAGGCUAUUGAUUUGAGUGAUCCUAGCAAAAAUGUUAACACUGCAAAAACCAACGGCAAGUAUGAAAUGGACGCGAAUAUAAUCCGAAAAGCUGAGAGUCUGCUGGGGAAAACAAGUCUGGAUAACAUUGACCUGACUAUAACCAGUUUAAACUACAUCGACGGCCAGCAACAGAAUAACGUCUAUUUGAAUGGCAAGGGUCUGAAAGGAGUUUUUGAAGCGCAGGAUGACACCAAAGGUCGUGAUACUACUGAUUGCAAUGAUGCCCAAGAAGUCGUUAGAAACACAAAUCUUAGUCCAAAGGGUGAAAAGCCUAUGAUACAAACCGACAAACCCGAUUUUAUCCUCUCCACCGCCGUGAAUAAGGUCACUAACAAUAACGCUGUUGAAAAGAAGAACCUCGAAUUCGAGCAAGGUUCCGCUGAUCGGAGGCCAAGAGAACAAGAUUACACAAGAGCAGUUAAUAAAAAUGCGGAGGAAACGGAAGUGUCCAAGCUAUUUUCAUUUCUACAAAUAUUGACUGCAACAUUUGGAAGCUUCGCACACGGUGGAAAUGAUGUCAGUAAUGCUAUAGGCCCAUUAAUCGCUCUCUACAUGGUCUAUAAAGAGGGCUCAGUGCUGCAGAAAUCGGAAACUCCACUCCCCAUAUUGGUAUAUGGUGGUGUUGGGAUUUCCGUUGAACUUUGGCUGUGGGGACGACGUGUGAUAGAAACCAUUGGCAAUGAUCUAACCAAGAUUACACCAUCGACAGGUUUCACCAUAGAAGUUGGUGCUGCUAUGAAAGUAUUACUAGCCAGUAAAGCGGGAAAGCCGAUGUAA